GUCGGAACCCGCUUACCCCAGCCUUGGGCGGGUUCUUUCGUCACCCGUCUCCGGGCAGACCUGCCAGACGCGGGUUAGCGGCCGGAGUCAGGCCUGGCGGAGAGAACCCAGGCGCCCCCUGGCGGGCGUGGAGAAGGGGCGGAGCUGCAGGCCGCGCGCAGCGCGCUGUCCCAGGUCGGAAACCAGCGCCCCAGAGUAGGAGCGCGGCGCAGAGAUGCUGCCGACCGGAGCACCAAGCGAUUUACCCCGGGCUGGCGAAGUCUACACUGGGACAACCAUCAUGGCAGUAGAGUUUGAUGGGGGCGUUGUGCUGGGCUCUGAUUCCCGAGUGUCUGCCGGAGAGGCUGUGGUAAACCGAGUGUUUGACAAGCUGUCCCCCCUACACCAGCGCAUCUACUGUGCUCUCUCUGGUUCGGCCGCUGAUGCCCAGGCGGUGGCCGACAUGGCCACUUACCAGCUGGAGCUCCAUGGCUUGGAACUGGAAGAACCUCCACUUGUUCUGGCUGCUGCAAACAUGGUGAAGAAUAUUACUUAUAAAUACCGGGAGGACCUAUCUGCACAUCUUAUGGUAGCUGGCUGGGACCAACGUGAAGGGGGCCAGGUAUAUGGCACCCUGGGAGGAAUGCUGAUCCGACAGCCCUUUGCCAUUGGUGGUUCUGGCAGCACCUAUAUCUACGGUUAUGUGGAUGCAGCAUAUAAACCAGGCAUGUCCCCGGAGGAGUGCAGGCGCUUCACCACGGAUGCUAUUGCUCUGGCCAUGAGCAGGGAUGGCUCUAGUGGGGGUGUCAUCUACCUGGUCACUAUUACAGCUGCUGGUGUGGACCAUCGAGUAAUCCUGGGCAAUGAGCUGCCGAAAUUCUAUGAUGAGUGACUCUUCUCACACUUCAUUUCUUUACUUUGUAAUAAACUUUCUUGAACUAGAA